AUGCUACCUACACGCAUCCUCUUUGGUCAGGCUCGAUUGACCCUUUUCACUCGUGCCGGUUGUGGCCUUUGCGAUACCGCAAAAAAUACUGUGAUUCAGUUGCAGAAGCGACGCCCCUUUGAAUAUGUGGAGACUGAUAUUAUGGAGACUGGAAAUAAGUCAUGGCAUGAUGCCUAUGUGUUUGACGUGCCUGUGCUUCAUAUUCAAUCAGUGAGCAAUGGAUUACCGAAGGAGGCUGACCUUUCCGACUCGAAGAAGCUAUUCCACCGAUGGACCGAGCAAGAAGUUGAGCAACUUGUGGAUGAAGUUGAGAAAUAA